UCAGCUGUGCCAUAAUUCCAUUCAUAAAAAGUAAAUUUUUCCAGCAUUCAUAUUUUGUGAAACUCGUGGAUAACUAAAUCAGCAAAAUGCUGAUACCCAGAAGACUUUUGGGGUUAGAAAACGUAAAGAAAUUGUGGUUGAACGCUAAUAAGAAUGGAUUCAGCAGCACAGCCGGUUCUAGUGCAAAAAAACGAAUUUGCAUAGUUGGUGCCGGUCCAGCAGGUUUUUAUGCUGCACAGUAUAUACUAAAACAUCUGAGCGGCAGUGCUGUGGACAUAAUCGAAAAAUUGCCAGUUCCAUUCGGUUUAGUACGUUAUGGCGUUGCACCCGAUCAUCCCGAAGUGAAGAAUGUAAUCAAUACCUUUACAAAAACCGCUGAGCACAAACACUUCAACUUUUAUGGUAACGUGGCACUAGGCAAAGAUGUAAGUUUGCAUGAUUUACGUGAACGUUAUCACGCUGUUCUGCUUACGUAUGGAGCGGACCAGGAUCGUCAGUUGAACAUACCUAAUGAGAAUAAACCAAAUGUGCUGUCCGCACGAAAGUUUGUGGCCUGGUACAAUGGCCUUCCCGGAGCACAUAAUCUAAAUCCCGAUUUGAGCGGAGAAAAUGUGGCAAUUUUGGGCCAAGGCAACGUAGCUGUGGAUGUGGCGCGUAUGUUGCUCAGUCCAAUAGAUACAUUGCAAAAAACAGACACCACUGAGCAUGCACUGGAGGCGCUCUCGCGCAGCAGAGUCAAGCAAGUUUAUUUGGUUGGCCGACGAGGUCCUUUACAGGCCGCAUUCACCAUAAAAGAACUGCGAGAAAUGUUGAAAUUACCGAAUGUACAAACGUUGUGGAAACCCGAUGAUUUCACAGAUGUUCCCGCUGAAUUACCGAACCUGCAACGACCACGCAAACGACUCACUGAACUUAUGUUGAAAAGUUUGUCAGAACAACCUGCCAUUAGCAGCAGCAAAAAGUUUUUCUUGCCUAUAUUUUUGCGUGCACCCAGAGCUAUUGGCGAGAAUGAAAUCGAAUUAACUGUUACACAGCUACAGAAUAACGUGGCUGUGCUGACUGACAAAACUGAACGCCUUCCUGCUGAUUUGCUACUUCGCAGCAUAGGCUACAAAUCCACAUGUGUCGAUGGUGGCAUUUGCUUCGAUGAGCGCAAGGGAUGUGUGUACAAUGAAAACGGUCGCGUAUUAAAAGACGAUGUUAGUAAAACCGUGGAUAAAGGUCUUUAUGUGGCCGGUUGGUUGGGUACAGGUCCUUCAGGUGUAAUUUUAACGACUAUGAAUGGUGCUUUUGCCGUUGCUAAAGCAAUAUGCGAUGAUAUUUUGUCGAGUGAGUUGAGCAUUGCCGAAGCUAAACCCGGCUUGGAUUUUAACAAAUUUCAACGCGUUGUUACAUGGUCUCAUUGGCAGCGCAUAGAUCAAGCUGAAACUCAAGCGGGACAGGUAUUGGGCAAACCACGCGAAAAGUUUGUGGAUGUGGAAGAAAUGCUGAAGGUGGCAGGGCUUUAA